AAACAACAACAACAACAACAAAGCACUGACGAUAAUACUACCAAUACGAGUACAACUGCUUCAACAAAAGGAAAUGGUAACGCAAACGUGAACGGAUCAAAACCUUUGGCCAAAUCUUCACCUCAAUCUUCAUCAAAACCUACCUUUGCUGCUGUAGCUAAUGUCUCUUCCAAGCAAGGUCAACAAAGCUCUAGAAAUGCAUCUGUGCAACUCCCAAGGGCACCACCUGUAGAUAAAUCUCCCAUUCAAUUUGGUUCGAUCAAUCAAACAUCAGAAAAUGCUACUGAGCCUGUUACAACUACUACAACAAAGCAGGAAGAACAAUCAUCGGAUUCAAAAAUGACUUUUGGUACCGUUUCUGUAGAUAAAUCAUCUUUACCGCAAUCCCCUCAACAACCUCAGUCACAACCUCAACCAUCCGUUCCUUAUUCACAACAACGAAGAGACUCUACACAUUCAAACCAUUCAGUUGGUGAACAUUCUCCAGCUCAAUCUCCUCAUUAUCAAAACAAUAACAACAAUAACACUAACCGACAUUAUGGUUCCCCACGACACUACAAUCAAGGAAAACAUAUGAAUGCAUCUUAUUCUCCCAACAUGACUAAUGCUCAACCUGGUUAUAUGCCUCAUCAUGCAAAGAAACCCAUGUCACCUCAUAUGGCUUCUACUUCACCUUCUGCUCAAAAUAUUCCCGUUGCUCAGAAUUCAUGGACAAACUCAAUACCUGGUCAAUAUUAUGUUGCACCCAAUUAUGAUCAACGACCUCCUCCUCAAGGUUAUGAUGCUGGACCUCCUCAAUAUUAUACUUACAAUCAAAUCCCAGUACCAACAUAUACUCAACCUGGCUCUCGUCAAAAUGGUGGUCAACAAAAUUUUGUCCCUCAAGCAGCUCGUACAAGCAAAGCCAUUCCUAUCAUCAAUCCUGCUACCAUGGCUCCUGUCAAGGCUGAUCCAUUGGCUCCUGCAUCGACUAGUCCCUCCAUUUCCAAAACCAAAAGUCCCGUUAGUUCUGACAAGAAAGAAAAGGAUUUCAAGAUUCAAGCCUCACCAUCUCCUAAACGUGGCAUCACCAUUGUUGAUCCUGCUGUCAAAGAAUUAGAAGAACGUGAAAAGCGGGAAAAGGAAGAAGCUGAACGUAAGGCCAAGGAAGAUGAAGAACGCAGAAUCAAGGAAGAAGAAGAACGCAAGAUCAAGGAGGAAGAAGAACGCAAGGCAAAAGAAGAAGCUGAGCGAAAGGCUAAGGAAGAAGCUGAACGUCUUGCCAAGGAAGAAGCUGAACGCAAAGCCAAGGAAGAACAAGAACGUAAAGCCAAAGAAGAAGCUGACCGUCUCGCCAAAGAAGAAGCUGAUCGCAAAGCCAAGGAAGAACAAGAACGUCUUGCCAAGGAAGAAGCUGAUCGCAAAGCCAAGGAGGAAGAAAUCGCCCGAAAGGAAAGAGCUGCUGCUGCUGCUGCUGCUGUGGCUGAAGCUGAACGCAAGGUUAGAGAAGAUCGUGAACGCAUCAAGGCCGCCGAACGUAAAUUGGUAGAAGAAGAAAUUCAAC